AUGGCCACUCUCUCCUACCUCCCUCCCGUUAAGCCUUCGGCCAUCGCUGUCGGCACUGCCUUCAACCACCUCGCCUCGCUCGCCAUCCUCGGCCCCGUCUUCGGCGACACCUACCGCCAGGCCCAGGCCGCCAACUCCAAGGAGGAGUUCUUCAAGUCCAAGGAGACUGCUUCGGCCGCCGCUGCCUGGGGUACUUCCCUUGCCGGCUCCGCCCUCCAGUCCUACGGUGUUGGUGCUCUGCUUAACGCCACCGGUACCCUCUCCUACAAGGGCGCUGCCUACCUCGGUGGCCUGAUCUUCGCUGCCUCUUCCGCUCCUUCCGUAAGUCUUGAUAUCAUGAGAUCUUCUACACGAAUACGCUCUAACAAGUCUCCAGNNUUCAUUGCCCAGAUCUUCACCGAGAAGCGCCCCCUUGACACCGUCGCCGUCGGUGCUCUUGCCCGCGUCUUCGAGACUGUCGGUCUCUCCAUGUUCCUCACCUACUGGGGCACCCGCACCAACCCCUUCUCAUAA